GCUCCUGCUUGCCGUCCCAGCACAGAGUGACCCUCGUCUCACUGCAUCAUGCGAGCUGUCGUGCUUCUCCUGCUGGUGGCUGCUGCCAGCGCUAAAGUGUACGAGCGCUGUGAGCUGGCCAGGACUCUUAAGGCUGCCGGAAUGGAUGGCCACAAAGGAGUUAGCUUAGCCGACUGGGUCUGUUUGUCCCAAUGGGAGUCCAGCUACAACACUCGGGCAACCAAUCGCAACACAGACGGCUCCACUGACUAUGGCAUCUUCCAGAUCAACAGCAAGUGGUGGUGCAUCGACGGGAAGACCAAGGAGGCCAAGAAUGGCUGCAACAUCAACUGUUCAGCGCUUCUGACUGACAACAUCCAGACAGCCAUCACCUGUGCCAAGCGUGUGGUCGAAGACCCCAAAUGGAUGACUGCCUGGGUGGCCUGGAACAAACACUGCGCGGGCAAAGACCUCAGCCGCUACCUUGCAGGCUGUAGAUUAUAACAGUAGAAAGUACACCUUCACAAAACUCCAAUACUGCUUGCCAUUUGCUUUCUAUACUCUGAAAAUGAUCUCAAAGUAAUGGACGCCUUUUGAUUUCUAGAUGUUAUCAUCAUGUUUGAAAGGAUCCCUUUCUAACAACCAAAGAGUGUGAUGUUGCCAAGAAGGACUUAAAUUGCUGUCAUAUGAAAGAUCUCUUUUGUGUUGACAUUAUGCAUGCUAAUACUAAUGCUAAUAUGCCCCUUGAUAAUAAACUACUUAAUCUACAUUUCAA